AUGGCGCCGAUCCCUUCUCUCGGCGCCAUUGCCGACAUCAACACCUUCAGCAUUUCGUCUCGCCAGCUUGUCUCUCGCGCUCUACCUUCCGACUCCCUCAUCGCUGCAAUUGUCGUUCUCUCAGUGAUCUCAGCCCUUCUAUUUGUCAGUAUAGUCUUCUUGUUGGUCGGAAUCUGGAAAAAAGCGACGGCCAAGAGAAACAGUUCGCCUCCACCCGAAGCACCUCAACCCCACGGGACCAUCUCCGAGCGCAAGCAGAGUGACUGGGCCAGGAAGAAUAGUAACGUGCUCUGGUCUAUGUAUAUCGAAGAGGACGACCUGAACGCUCAAUUCGCCGUGUCGCCAAAGUCGAGGCUUUUCUCCAUUGGAUCUGUCUCCACCGUCGAUCAGGGAAGAUGUCCCCUGGAUCGUCGACAUUCACACGCCAAUCCACUGGGCCAGCACAAGAUCGAUGAGGAAUUGAGCCCAAAGACAGAGGAGUCUUCUGCCGACCUACGCAGCAGAAUACCUUACGAACACCAGACCACCCCAACAAAGAAUGUCCCUCGUGCGCGAGCCUUGUCUCAACCUUGCUGCCACAAGUAUAGCAGCUCAAUCGAGGAGCUGGCAAAACACAAACAAAGCGUACCCUCGCGGAUCUCUGAAGAGGGUAUGGAAGGCUACAAGUACUACGGAGGCCCAUGA